AUGGAGCUGCUAAUUAAAAGUUGUCUUUUAUCCACAGACCUGCGAGUUGUGCUGCUGGGAAAGACUGGAUCAGGUAAAAGCUCAACAGGAAACACCAUCCUGGGCAGAAAGGCAUUUAAGGAGGAAAAUAGGGCUGUGUCAGUGACCAGACAUUGUAUGGAACAGAAAAGCAGAGUGGAUGGUAGAAACAUCUCAGUGGUUGACACUCCAGGACUCUUUGAUACAUCAAGAAAUAAUGACGAUCUAAAAGAUGAAGUGGCGAAGUGUGUAGAGAUGUCAGUUCCUGGUCCACAUGCAUUUCUGCUGGUCAUCAGAUUGGAUGUGAGAUUCACAGAUGAGGAGAAGAACUCUGUGAAAUGGAUUCAGGAGAACUUUGGAGAAGAUGCAUCAGGCUACACAAUUGUAGUGUUCACUCAUGCAGAAGCGUUAGAUGUAACACUAGAGCAGUACAUAGGAGAAUGCCCGGACCUAGAGCAGCUCGUUCAGAGCUGUGGUGGAAGGUACCUCGCAUUUAAUAAUAAAGUUAUGCAGAACGGUUCUCAGGUCUUAAAACUUCUCAGGAGAAUUAGACUGUUAGGCAGCAGCUUCUACACCAGUGAGAAGUUUGAGGCGGCUCAGAAGAGAUUACAAGAGGAGAGAGAGAGACAAAGAAAAGAUGAUGAGAGAAGAAAGAAAGAGUGGGAGGAAAGAAUAAGGGAGGAUGAAAGAAACAGGAUGGGGUCGUCACAGAUCCGUGUACGUGGAAAUAAAACUCCAAGAAGCCGGAGACCUUGUUCAGCAAUGGACCGACGGAUCGUUCUCCUGGGAAAAACUGGAUCAGGAAAGAGCUCCACUGGUAACACCAUCCUUAAAGGCAAACAUUGUGAGCAAAGAUGUUCUCCUGCAUCUGUGACAAAGAAAUGUGAAGCAAAAACCAUACAACAUAUCAGUGUUGUUGAUACACCUGGCAUGUUUGGCACAGAUCUGUCUAAAGAUCAACUGAAACAUGAAAUAGUGCAGUAUGUUAGGAUGUUGGUUCCUGGUCCACACGUGUUCCUGCUGGUGAUCAGACUGAGCAGGUUUACAGAGGAGGAACAGAACGCGGUAAAAUGGAUCCAGGAGAAAUUUGGAGAAGAUGCUUCACUCUACACCAUCGUCCUGUUCACCCACGUCGACCAGCUGGGAGAUAGAACGAUAGAAGAGUAUUUACAGGAUGUGUUGUUUUUAUCGAUGGACCGACGGAUCGUUCUCCUGGGAAAAACUGGAUCAGGAAAGAGCUCCACUGGUAACACCAUCCUUAAAGGCAAACAUUUUAAGCGUGGAUGUUCUUCUAAAUCCUUAACAAAGAAAUGUGAAGCAAAAACCAUAAAGCAUAUCAGUGUUGUUGAUACACCUGGCAUGUUUGACACAAAUUUGUCUGAAGAUCAACUGAAAAUUGAAAUAGAGGAAUGUGUAAAGAUGUCGGUUCCUGGUCCACACGUGUUCCUGCUGGUGAUCAGACUGGGCAGGUUUACCGAGGAGGAGAAGAACGCUGUAAGAUGGAUCCAGGAGAACUUUGGAAAAGAUGCUUUACUCUACACCAUCGUCCUGUUCACCCACGCCGAUAAACUGGGAAACAGAACGAUAAAACAGUAUUUACAGGAGAGUCCAAAACUCGGGGAACUCAUCAAAACUUGUGGCGGCCGCUAUUGUGUAUUUAAUAACAACGACCAGCAGUCCAACCAAGUUCAGAACCUGAUGCAGAAGAUAGAUGAGGUUGUUAAGAUGAAUGGAGGGAAGCACUACACUAGGGAGAUGUAUGAGGAAGCUCAGAGAGAACUAAGUGCAAUGGACCGACGGAUCGUUCUCCUGGGAAAAACUGGAUCAGGAAAGAGCUCCACUGGUAACACCAUCCUUAAAGGAGCAUAUUUUGAGCAAAGAUGUUCUCCUGCAUCCGUGACAAAGACAUGUAAAGCAAAAACCAUACAACAUAUCAGUGUUGUUGAUACACCUGGCAUGUGUGACACAAAUCUGUCUGAAGAUCAACUGAAACAUGAAAUAGUGCAGUGUGUUAGGAUGUCGGUUCCUGGUCCACACGUGUUCCUGCUGGUGAUCAGACUGAGCAGGUUUACAGAGGAGGAACAGAACGCUGUAAAAUGGAUCCAGAAGAACUUUGGAAAAGAUGCUUUACUCUACACCAUCGUCCUGUUCACCCACACCGACCAGCUGGGAGACAGAACGAUAGAAGAGUACUUGGAGGAGAGUCCAGAACUCGGGGAACUCAUAAACACUUGUGGCGGCCGCUAUUGUGCAUUUAAUAACAACGACCAGCAGUCCAACCAGGUUCAGAACCUGAUGCAGAAGAUAGAUGAUGUUGUUAAGAAGAAUGGAGGGAAGCACUACACUAAUGAGAUGUAUAAGAAAGCUCAGAGAGAACAAAGUGGUAUCGACUGGGAGGCUCACAAAGAUCAGAGAUCCGUGUACGUGGAAAUAAAACGCAAAAAAAGCCAGAGACCUUGUUCAGCAAUGGCCCGACGGAUCGUUCUCCUGGGAAAAACUGGAUCAGGAAAGAGCUCCACUGGUAACACCAUCCUAAGAGGAGAAUAUUUUAAGCAUGAAUGUUCUCCUGCAUCCGUGACAAAGAAAUGUGAAGCAAAAACCAUAAAGCGUAUCAGUGUUGUUGAUACACCUGGCAUGUUUGACACAAAUCUGUCUAAAGAUAAACUGAAACAUGAAAUAAAGGAAUGUGUGAAGAUGUCGGUUCCUGGUCCACACGUGUUCCUGCUGGUGAUCAGACUGGGCAGGUUUACCGAGGAGGAGAAGAACGCGGUGAAAUGGAUCCAGGAGAACUUUGGAGAAGAUGCUUCACUCUACACCAUCGUCCUGUUCACCCACGCCGAUCAGCUGGGGAAAAAAACGAUAGAAGAGUAUUUGGAGGAGAGUCCAGAACUCAGGCGAAUCAUCAACACUUGUGGCGGCCGCUAUUGUUCAUUUAAUAACAACGACCAGCAGCCCAACCAGGUUCAGAACCUGAUGCAGAAGAUAGAUGAUGUUGUUGAGAAGAAUGGAGGGAAGCACUACACUAAUGAGAUGUAUAAGAAAGCUCAGAGAGAACUACGUGGUAUUGAUUGGGAGGCUGUAGGUGCAGUUGCCCUUGGUGCAGCUGCCAUAGGUGUGAUGGCUGUUUGGAAGAGGGAGGAGAUGAGCAGGAACCAAGGAGAGGGCAGGGAGAACCGACAGGAGUGCUGGAGGCAGGAGGGACUGGGAGGAUUGUCGGAGAAGGCAGCAGUAGAGCAGGAGGCGGAUGGAACCAGACAGCCGGCAGGAGGAUCGGUGGCAGAGUUGGAGCCAGCAAUGGAACGACGGAUCGUUCUCCUGGGAAAAACUGGAUCAGGAAAGAGCUCCACUGGUAACACCAUCCUUAAAGGCAAACAUUUUAAGCGUGGAUGUUCUUCUAAAUCCUUAACAAAGACAUGUGAAGCAAAAACCAUAAAGCGUAUCAGUGUUGUUGAUACACCUGGCAUGUCUGACACAAAUCUGUCUGAAGAUCAACUGAAACAUGAAAUAGCGCAGUGUGUUAGGAAGUCGGUUCCUGGUCCACACGUGUUCCUGCUGGUGAUCAGACUGGGCAGGUUUACAGAGGAGGAACAGAACGCUGUAAAAUGGGUCCAGCAGAACUUUGGAGAAGAUGCUUCAUGCUACACCAUCGUCCUGUUCACCCACACCGACCAGCUGGAAGACAGAACAAUAGAAGAGUACUUGGAGGAGAGUCCAGAACUCAGGGAACUCAUAAACACUUGUAGCGGCCGCUAUUGUGCGUUUAAUAACAACGACCAGCAGCCCAACCAGGUUCAGAACCUGAUUCAGAAGAUAGAUGAUGUUGUUAAGAAGAAUGGAGGGAAGCACUACACUAGUGAGAUGUAUGAGGAAGCUCAGAGAGAGCUAAGUCGUAUCAACUGGAAGACCGCAGGUUUAGUAGCUGCAGGUGUAGCUGGCGCAGGUUUAGCUACCAUAGGUGCAGUUGCCAUAGGUGCAGCUGCCAUAAGUGCAGCUGGUGCAGGUGCAGCAGGUGCAGCCGGUGUAGCUGCUUUAAGUGAAGCUGUCCUACGUGCAGCUGUAAAAACUGUAAAACUUGUAUGA